GGCUGCGGUGGCUGCGGUGGCUGCGGGGCUGACGAUUUCAGGCAACUACUAAAGUUCCUGUGGAAGGAAAGUAGAAUUUCCUAAGAACAUAAUGGAUGGAGAGGAGAAAACCUAUGGUGGCUGUGAAGGCCCUGAUGCCAUGUAUGUCAAAUUGAUAUCUUCUGAUGGUCAUGAAUUUAUUGUAAAAAGAGAACACGCGCUAACAUCAGGAACAAUAAAAGCAAUGUUGAGUGGUCCAGGUCAGUUUGCUGAGAACGAAACCAAUGAGGUCAAUUUUAGAGAGAUCCCUUCACAUGUACUAUCAAAAGUAUGCAUGUAUUUUACCUACAAGGUUCGCUACACUAACAGCUCCACCGAGAUUCCUGAAUUCCCAAUUGCACCUGAAAUUGCACUGGAACUGCUGAUGGCUGCGAACUUCCUAGAUUGUUAAAUAAAAUAAGUUAUAAUAAACUGUUAACUUUUUUCAGUAUUUAAUACCUGUAGUUCAGUUAGUAAUUUUUUCAUAUAUAGCAUGUUGCCUGUAUGCAAUUGAACUAUAAAGUUCAUUGCAAAGCAGAUUCUCUUCUCUUCUUUUGCAUAGCAAUCAGAGUUGAAAUUUGUUUGCUACAUCAACAAAUUAAGGACAUUUUCACAAACUGAGAAAUAAACAAAUAUGCCAAUUUGUAGGUGGUUUUGCCUUAUCCUUUGGAUGUGACUUUUAAAAUUAGAGCAAUGACAAUAUACUAAAUACUGAAAUUUAGGCAUAAAUGAACACAUUCUACAGGAAAAUAAUGGGGCUAAGUAUUUUUAUGUUUUUAGUGUUUUUUUAAAAACCUACUCUGAUCUUAUAGUUGCCGUUAGCAUUACUAGAGUUAUGCAGAUAAUUGCAUUAUAACAUGUUAAUAACUUAGCCAAAACAUUGAUUUUUAUAAUUCUCAAAAAAAUAAGAGUUGAAAUUUCUUAUGUGUCUUUUGAUAAACUGCAGUAUUGUUUAAGUGUAUCUUGUCUUUUUGUUUAUUGCUACAAUUUAAGAACUUUAUUUAAAAGCAACUUUGGAAAGUUACUAGGUACAGUUUUGGAGCAGUAACUUUGAAUUGUACCUAGAUGGUCAACAGGUAAACUACAUGACAGACUUCUUAUGCAUUGUGCAUUUUGGGCAAUCCAAAGUACUGUUCUUUCAUUGACUAUAAAGCUUCCUUUGCAAUUUCAUUCUUCCUUUAUAGUCCCUUGUGGUUACACUUUCAAUUGUUUAAAUGUGUUUUAGAAGAGUCACUAUGAACUUCACCUAAAUCUUAAGAGCUAGACUUUUCUGAACUAUUCCAGUCUUCCUCUGUCCAAAUUGGAAUGUUAUAAAAUAUGAAAAACAUGUGGAAAGAUACAGUAAAAAUCUUAUAAUGCACUUAGAUAUAGUACAUGAAUUAUCUUCUGUUAAUUAAAAUAUGUCCCAAUAAAUAUGAUACUGAUAAUCAGUGGGUCUUCUACUGAAAUCAGACUCAUAAGGAAGACAUUCAGCUUUUAUAUUAAGCAGGCAGAAGACAUGAAAACUAUGACAGAGCAUCUCUGCAUGGGAUACGAAGCAUUGGAGUUGGAUUUAGUAUUUUGUCUCUAUCUUAGUGGUAGAACAAAGGCUGUCAUAUAGGGUCUGUAAAUUUUAAGUCUUCAGCUUACUUCUUCAAGACUGGCUUAAUAUGGACCAGUUUUUUGGAAACUGCAAAAACCAUAAAUAAAAAUACUUUUUCCUCUUAGUAAAAUCCAGCCAUUGUACUUUGUAGCUUAUUGAAAGCAGUUAAAUAUAAAUUGCAUAUUUUUAGUACUUCUUAAGACUUACUGGUACAUAUUUUAGUAUAGAAGAUUAUUUAUCAAGUCUAAGAAUUACAUUCUGCUACUUGGUGACAAUGCCAAUUAUAAACGUAAAUGAUGAAUUCAAAAGUCAAGGUGAUAACUAGAAAAAAAGUUUAACUUUCACCAGUUUUUGUAGGUUACUUUAUAUGUUAAAUUCAGAAGUAACCUUAAGUUUAAGACAUUAAAAUAAAACUGAAACAAAAACCAGGUAAAGCUGUAUAUCUUGCGGCAAAUGGUACUUGCAUGUUAAUAAAGGCUGUGUUGACUGAAA